AUGGGUAAUCAGCAGUCCAGCAACAAGAAAGACAAAGGAGAGAAGGGUCCCGUUGAGGGCCUUUCUCUCGAGCGCGAGAAUUAUCGCUCAUUUGACAGGACAGAUACCAAGGAGUCCGCACGAUCGCUUCGAAACUCCAUCAGGUCGAAGAUACCCGUCCCUGGCAAGAACGACAGCCCGAGAAACUCCGUCUCCAAUCUCAAUGACGCCAACGGCAAAGCCGAUAAAUCCGACGCGGCAUCAACCAGGUCAACAAACAGCAAGGCAGGGAACCGCUCUCGGCGAGGCUCGACCGCUUCCGCCCAAGAAGCUGGCAUUGAGACAGCCGCCAAAGCCGACGCACUAUCCGACAGCCCGCAGCCCCCGCCAUCGCCCGUUCAUGGCGCCUCGCUCGGAACAGGCCACGGCUCUGUGAGCAAAGCACAGCGGACUGGCGAGGUCGACCAUGUUUCAGAAGCGCCUCCUUCUGGAGUGCCCCCGCCGUCCGCCACGGCCCAACCCGGCGAACCGAUCCUACAGAGGAAGGACCAACCGAUUCCUCGGGCUGAGCAAGCGCCGACACCAAAUGACGGCGGGGGGUCGCCUAUGGAAAUAAGUGCGUUGAAGGCAAUGGACCUCGAUGACAUGAUUCAGCGCUUGUUGGAUGCGGCAUACACCGGGAAGGUUACCAAGACGGUCUGCUUGAAGAAUGCGGAGAUCAUGGCUGUCUGCGCGGCUGCCCGCGAGCUUUUCCUCACCCAACCGUCUCUACUCGAGCUGGCACCCCCGGUGAAGAUUGUCGGCGAUGUCCACGGGCAGUACACGGACCUCAUCCGCAUGUUCGAAAUGUGCGGCUUCCCUCCGAACUCGAAUUACCUAUUUCUCGGUGACUACGUCGACAGGGGCAAGCAGAGCUUGGAGACGAUUCUGCUGCUGCUAUGCUACAAGCUCAAGUUUCCCGAGAAUUUCUUCCUCCUCCGCGGGAACCACGAGUGCGCCAACGUAACACGCGUCUACGGCUUCUACGACGAAUGCAAGCGAAGAUGUAACAUCAAGGUCUGGAAAGCGUUCGUUGACACUUUCAACACCCUUCCUAUUGCCGCAAUCGUUGCGCAGAAGAUCUUCUGUGUGCAUGGCGGUCUCUCCCCAAGCUUAUCCCACAUGGACGAUAUUCGCCAGAUUGCUCGACCAACAGAUGUUCCCGAUUAUGGAUUACUCAACGACCUGUUGUGGAGCGACCCCGCCGACAUGGAGAACGAUUGGGAAUCGAACGAGCGCGGCGUCAGCUAUUGCUUCGGCAAGAAAGUCAUUAUGGAAUUUCUGCAGCGACACGAUUUCGAUCUUGUUUGCAGAGCUCAUAUGGUCGUUGAAGACGGCUACGAGUUCUUCAAUGAUCGCAUAUUGGUCACGGUGUUUUCUGCACCUAAUUAUUGUGGUGAAUUCGAUAAUUGGGGCGCCGUAAUGUCCGUUUCGGCGGAAUUGCUGUGCAGUUUCGAGCUUCUUAAGCCACUCGACUCUAGCGCAUUGAAGCAGCACAUUAAGAAGAGCAGGAAUAAGCGGCAGAGCAUGCUUAACUCACCAGUACGUAUUCAGAAGAUGGCUAAUCAGAGACGCAACGUCACAGGGCCAUCUAUAUCCCCUAUCGAAUAUCCACUGACUUCUCGAUGCAGCCCGCAGCACAAUAUCCCCAAAGUUACUAACACGCUGCUCCAAUGUAGGGCGGUGAAUGUAGUAACGAGGCCGGAUCCCCGAUCAUUACGAAGCAAGCGUUUACACAGGACCUGGAAUAUUUCGGUUUGGUCGAUAAAUACAAGUCCGCAGAUGCUCCCGAGCGGCAUCGUCUCCGGAAGAAGGUGCGGCAUGGUCAUCUGA